CCGUUACGAGCUGUUCAGGGCGGGUUCUUUGUGGUAGUCUGGAGUGGUGGUGGUGGUGCUGAAGGUUGGGGCGUUCACGCGCUUUAAUCUUGGUGAUCCAAUUGCGUGAAUCGUUCACGCUUUGAAAGGUUCUGCUUCUGACCAGCCACCCCGCCAGCUGCAAUGGCCGAGACCACUGCUCCUCUGCCCAACUACCUGUGCUGCGUCCGACCGUUCGAGCCGCGCGAUGCGCUGGCUGUGAAGACGCUCGUGUCGGAUGCGGCGCUCAGUACGGUGUGGUCCUUCUUCACGGCGGCGCUCUUCCGCGAGACGUUCUGGGAGCUGCUGAUCGCCGCGCAGGCGGUGCUGUUCGUGGUGUUCGGCGUGCCGGGCGACCUCUGCCUGAUGACCGUGCCCGCCUUCUUCGCGUUCGUGCUGGCGGCCAUCUGGGCGGCGCACCAGAUCAAGGUCAUCGCCUCGCAGAGCGACGUCAGCAACAUCCCCGACACGUACCAGUCGUUGAAGCGCACCAACUUCUGGGUGGCGGAGCUGUACGAGCCCAUCACCGGGCCGGCGGCGCGCUUCCAGCUGACGUUCGUGUCGCCGCAGGACGUGGAGAAGUACCAGACGGACCUCAAAGGGCUGCGCCGCGUCGUCGUCGGCACGUGCGGCGUGCGUAAGAAUCGCGACGACCCACAGGGCGCGUGGCUGCAGCGCAUGUCGGUGGCGAAGUCGCAUCGCGGCCACGGCAUUGGCACCAAGAUGCUGGACGUGGCCUGUCGGUUCUGCGGCGACGCCGGCCUGUCCAACGUGCGCCUGCAGACGACGGAGUGCAACGACGCCGCCAAACCGAUGUUCGCCGGCGUGCGCGUCGGCGUCUACAUGUUCACGAAGAACGUGAAGCCCAGCCGUCAGUCGCUGGAGGCGGCGAACGGCGCCCAGCGGGGUGACGUCACGCUGUCGGGAUGA